AUGAAGGAAAUUAAGGUGAAGUGGGGUAAAAAUGCUUAUGCUCUCUCCGUGGACGACUCGAAUACCCUUUUGGAGCUAAAGGAGCAGCUUUAUGCCCUAACUUGCGUUCCAGUGGGGAAGCAAAAGAUUAUGGGCCUCAAGUCCACCGCAUCGGACGACAGGGCCAUUCUCUCACAGCUGGGAGUGGUGGCAGGAAAAACGUUGAUGUUGAUUGGGUCGGCGGAGGGCACGACCAUCCCUAAAGCUGAGGCAGCAGAGGUCGAGAACAAUUCGGGGGGUCACCGCGCAACGUCCGCCAUCUCAAACGGCCUCCGGAAUAUCGCGAACACCUGUUAUUUGAAUGCCGCCGUUCAGAUGCUGCGUUCGAUUCCGGAGAUUAGACAAUGUCUUUCCCAGUACACUGGCAGCAACCCACUCCUAAAAGAACUGGGCAAGUUGCUGACUUUUAUGGAAGGCACAAAGGAGGCGGUGCCCCCUCUUAAUCUCUGGAGCUCACUCGUACAACUCAACCCCGUCUUUGGCGAGCGCGAUGAGAACGGGAUGUUUAUGCAGCAGGACUCCCAAGAGGUGGUAAACUUUAUUUUACAGCAGAUCGAUACCGCCCUGACGCCAUCAUGCGCGAGUCUUUUUAGAGGCAAGGUCCAGCAAAAGAUUGUCUGCACCGAAGACCCGGACGAUGCGGGAAAGAUAACAGAUAUCCCCUUCACCAUGCUGACUUGCAAUAUCUCUGGUGAAGUGCAAAUGCUUGAAGCGGGUCUAGAGCAGGCGUUUAACGAGAAGCUGAAUGCCGCAAACGAAAGACUGCAGCGGGAAGCGUCGUACUCCAAAACGAGUCGAAUCAGCAGGCUGCCAGAGUAUGUGGUAGUACAUAUGGUGCGCUUUUCUUGGAAAAGUGAUGUUCAAAAGAAAGCCAAAAUACUGAAACCUAUCACGUUCCCCUUCACACUUGAUCUCUUUACUCUUCUCACGGAGGACCUAAAAGAAGAGCAAAAGACGUGCCGUGAGGCGAUCCUAAAGCGCCGUGAUGAGGAGUUGGAAAGGCGGAGGAGCACCCGCGGCAAGCCAGCUCCGCCGAUAAACAAUGCGGAAAGUGUCGUGGAUACGGUCCCGGCGAUAUUGGGUAAUGGAAGUGGUUACUACGAACUGUGUGGUGUCAUUUCCCAUAAGGGGCGUAGUGCGGAGUCCGGGCACUAUAUCUACUGGGGGAAAAAAGGAAGCCAAUGGCUUGUGUUUGACGACGACCACGUUGCGGCUGUUUCUGAAGACGAUGUGAAGCGACUUCGAGGGGUUGGUGAGGCGCAUAUCGCCUACGUACUGCUCUAUCGCAGCCGGGAUCCUAUAUCCCACCGUCCUGUUAUCCCUUUCUAG